AUGUUUCGCUGGUAUCAGAAUGCAGCAAAGUGCUAUGUCUAUUUAUCUGAUGUCCCUACCACGAAUCUAAAAGCAAGCAGCGAAGUCUUAGAAUGCAGUUGGGAGCCAGCUUUUCGGGAAAGCCGAUGGUUCACCCGAGGUUGGACCCUUCAAGAGCUUCUUGCCCCACAUUCGGUCGAGUUCUUCUCUCAAGACGGCAAAAAGCUUGGCAACAAGAGAACACUGAAGCGAAUAAUUCACGAGACUACGAGUAUUGCUCUUGAAGCCCUCCAAGGGGCCCCUUUAUGUAAAUUUGACGUUUCCGAGCGAUUAUCAUGGGCUGAAAGUCGACAAACCACGCGGAAAGAGGACAAGGCGUACUCGCUUCUAGGCAUAUUUGGCAUCUACAUGCCACUUAUAUAUGGCGAAGGAGAAGAACACGCGUUUAAACGCCUCCGGAAAAAGAUCACUAAGCUCUCGAACAGUUUCCAGCAGCAGCAAGCCAUAAACAAAGACCAGGAAUGCAUCCAGCACUUACGCCUCACCGACCCCCGCGAUGACAAGAAGCGUAUUGAGGGGACUAAGGGCGGAAUAUUGGAGGACUCAUACCACUGGAUCCUUGAAAACUCCGACUUCCAACGAUGGCGCGACGGCGAGCAGAGCCGAUUGCUAUGGAUCAAGGGCGAUCCGGGUAAGGGCAAGACAAUGCUGCUCUGUGGCAUCAUCGAUGAGUUGAAUGAGUCAGUGGCUAAGACACAUCAGCUGUCCUACUUCUUCUGUCAGGCCACGGACUCGCGAAUUAACAGCGCCGCAGCUGUGCUGCGAGGUAUAUUGUACUUGCUUGUCACUCAGCAGCCGUUGUUAGUCUCACACCUGCGGAAGAAGCACGAUCAAGCAGGCCAAUCCGUCUUUAAAGACGCUAAUGCUUGGGUUGUUCUCUUAGAUAUUUUUACGAAUAUGAUACGAGACUCGGACCUAAAAAUAGUCUGUCCAGUUGUCGACGCUCUUGAUGAAUGCGUGGCGGAUUUGCUAAAGCUUUUUGACUUAGUAAUUCGUACCUCAACGUUAUCAGCCCGCAUUAAGUGGCUCUUGUCAAGCCGAAACGAGAUGCACAUCGAACAGAAACUAAGACACAUAGACGCUAGGGCGAGGUUGGGUCUGGAGCUAAAGGAAAAUGCAGAACAGGUGUCCUGCGCUGUUGACGCGUACAUUAACAAUAAGCUAUCCCGCCUUGACUCUCUUGAAGACGACAGCCUGAGAGAUCAAGUGCGAGACAUCCUACGCCGGAAGGCGAGCGGGACAUUCCUCUGGGUCGCACUCGUGGUCCAGGAGCUUGAGGACCCGGAGAUCUGGAACCCUUUGCAGGUGGUAGAAGAAGCGCCACCAGGUUUGCACCAGCUGUACGAUCGCAUGAUGAAUCAAAUCAAUCGGCGAAAGAGAGACUCUGAGGUUUGCCGGCUGCUGCUGUCUACUGCCUGCAUCGCAUAUCGUCCGCUUUACCUAGCUGAAAUGGGCAGCUUGUGCGGACUAUCAGGCAAGGUUCCCGUACUCACAAAAAACGUAAGAACGAUCACGGCUAUGUGUGGUUCAUUUCUCACCGUUAGGGAUGAUCAGGUCUACUUAAUACACCAAUCAGCCAAGGACUACUUAAGCAACAAGAUGCAAGACACGAUCUUCCCAUAUCAAGGCAGGAUUCACCAUAACAUGUUCUCUAGGUCACUCAAGCUCAUGUCUAAUGCACUGAAACGUGACAUGCACAGCUUAAGCGAUCCAGGUUUUCCGAUCCAUAAGGUUCAUGUACCAGUUGAUGAUCCGCUAGCGACUAUGCAAUAUUCAAGCAUGUCCAAGGGUGUGCUUGCAAUAGCAAAGCUUAGCGCUUUAGCUCAGAGGCAAACAGAUGCGCUAAGCUUCAUAGAACUACUUCAAGAUGCGCGCCUGUUUAUUAUGUGUCAUAUUCAAGCAAUACAGAAGAGCCCUCUUCAGAGUGCCUGCCUCUCGACGCUCGAGGGCCAUAGCGACUGGGUCAGCUCAGUCGCCUUCUCGCCCGACUCGACACAGCUGGCGUCCGGCUCCAGCGACAACACCGUCAAGAUCUGGGAUGCGAGCAGCGGCGCCUGCCUGUCGACGCUCGAGGGCCAUAGCAACUGGGUCAGGUCAGUCGCCUUCUCGCCCGACUCGACACGGCUGGCGUCUGGGUCCAGCGAUAGCACAGACAAUCAAGGCCUAGACAUAAGUUUGGAUCGUGCGUGGAUAGCCUACAAUUCGGAGAACAUAUUAUGGCUACCAUCAGAGUAUAGGCCGUGUUGUUUUACAGUAUCUAAGAAUAGGAUUGGUAUUGGCACUAGCAAUGGAAGGGUUUGGAUAUGUAAUGUUGAGGGUAACAAGCCUAAUUUGUCUUGAGGCGCUAGGACUAUUUGAACCAUU